AUGCAGGUUCGUCAUUGCAAGACGCUUGCGCAAGGGCAGUCAGCGAUGGCCCGCACGCGGGCGAUUGCGUGGUCGCCGAACAGCAAACGCCUGGCGGUGGCCGACUCCGGGGGUUUUGUGCAGCUCUACGACGAGCAGUGCGAGCGGCGGGAUAAAUUCCCGACAAAGUCCGCCGACGGGAAGGGCGGGCGGACCUACCACGUCAGCAGUUUGGCCUUUUCCCCCGAAAGCGCGCGGAUCGCCGUGGCCCAGUCCGAUCGCAUCGUCUUUGUCUACCGCAUCGGCCUCGACUGGGGGGACAAAAAGGCGAUCACGAGCAAAUUCCCGCAGACGAGCCCGGUCACCUGCGUGGUUUGGCCGAGCGUGACCUCGCAAGGGGUCGAGCUCAUCGUCUUUGGGACGCAGGAGGGGAAGGUGAAGGUGGGGAUCCUCAAGUCGAAUAAAUCGCAGAGUCUCUACGGGCACGACCACCCCGUCGUCGCCCUCGCCACCAGCCAGGAUGGGGCCAACCUGGUCGCCGGGCACCUCGACGGCGCGGUUUACGUCUACGCCUUCGACACCGACGACGGCGUCGAGGCGGCGAAGCCGAAGAGACUUUUCACCCACGCCUGCGCCCCCUACGUGUUGUCGUGGGGGGAGCACAUCUGCGCGGCCGGGCAGGAUGGCGUGAUGAACUUCUACAGCUCCAUUAGCGGGCAAAAACACCAGUCGUUUGACUAUCCGGUGAAGUCCGAGGGAGGGUUCACCGCGGGGUGCUGUAGUCCGAGCCGGCAGACGAUGGUGGCGGCCUCGCGAGAUCGGCUUCGCGUGUUUAAUUACAACCUCCGCGCCGGGAAGUGGGACGAAGGGGGUGUGGUGGAGUACCCCAACAGCUACGCCGUCUACGCGAUGGGCUGGAAGAGCGAUGGGAGCCGGCUUGUGGUGGGGACUCUGACCGGCGCCGUGGACGCCUUUGACGUGUGUUUAAAGCGCUACUGCCUGCGCGGGUCCUUCGAGUUCACCUACGUGAGCCACAACCAGGUGAUUGUGAAGCGGUUGACGACAGGGGCGCGGAUUGUCUUCCGGUCGAACAUGGAGAACGAGAUCCAGCGGGUGAACGUUCAUCGGGAUCGCUACCUUGUGGCCUACACCUCCGCGACGCUUCUGGUGGGGGACCUGAACACGUGCGCGCUGUCCGAGGUCCCCUGGCGCUUCACCGGGCGCGAGACCUACUCCUUCGACAACCCCAAAGUCUGCAUGGUCUUCACCACCGGCGAGCUGUGCCUGAUUGAGUAUGGCCAGAACACCUUAUUAGGGACCUACCGCACGACGGAGCGCAACGCGCACCGGAUAUCCGUGCGGCUGCCGGACCCCGCGCCUGGCGCGACCCGCGCCAUCGCCUACCUCCCCGACCGCCAGACCCUGCACGUGCACGAGGUCGGCAGCGGCGCCCUGCUGGCGCGGCUCACACACCCUGUGAGGGUGGACUGGCUCGCCCUGAGCCCCCGCGCCACGCGGCUGCUCUUCCGCGACCGCGACCGCCACCUCCACCUGCUCGACCUCCGCAGCCACCGCCGGGUGACGCUGUUGGCGGGCUGCGGCUACGCCCAGUGGGUGCCGGGCAGCGACGUCGUUGUGGCACAGGCGCGCGGGGGGCUCUGUGUCUGGUACGCCGUCGAGGCCCCGGAGCGGGUCGUCAACCUCCCGAUCCGCGGCGAGGUCCAGGGCAUCGCCCGCGGCGCCGGUAAGACCGAGGUCCUCGUCGACGACGGCGUGCACACCGUCGCCUACGCCCUCGAUGAGGCCAUGAUCGAGUUCGGCGCCGCGAUGGAGGAGCACGACUACGAGCGGGCGGUGGACCUCCUGGACCGAACCCCGUCAAGCGCGGAGACCGCCGCGAUGUGUACGACUUUGGCAGGGGUCGCCCUGGCCGAGUCGAAGCUGCGGAUCGCCGAGCGCUGCUUCGCCGCGCUCGGGGACGUCGCGAUGGUCCAGGCCAUCGCGCGGAUUCACGACCUCGCCGCCCAGGCCCGCGCGGGGAACGCGGGGGCGACCGACGGCUACGACCACUUCACCGUCCGCGCGGAGUUGUUCAUCCUCGCUAAGGAAUUCACCGCGGCGGAGCGGGUGUACCGCGAGAACGGCAAGGACGAGAUGGCGAUGCGGAUGUGGGAGGAGAUGGGGCGCUUCGACGCCAGCAUAGCGAUUGCUGAGUCGUGCGGGUUGCCCGACCUUGCUGAACGCCGCGCGCGGUACUUGAACUGGUUGAUGGAAACCCGACAGUACGAAAAGGCGGGGGCGAUCAGGGAAAAGGAAGGGCGGUACCUGGAGGCGAUCGACCUCUACCUCCGAGGCGGGACCCCCGCGCGGGCGGCGAACGUCGUCAGCGCCUACGACCUCAGGCCCGAGCAGCAGCUCCUCGAGGCGAUCGCCGCAGCGUUGUCGAAGGCGCAGAUCUUCGAAAAGGCCGGCGCCUUCUUCGAGAAGCUCCGGAUGGAUGAUCGGGCGAUGGACGCGUAUAAACGUGGACACGUCUUCGGCCCCGCGCUGGAGUUAGCGCGGCAAAAGCACCCCGAGAAGGUCGUCCCGCUCGAGGAGGAGUGGGGUGAUUAUCUGGUCUCGCAGAAGCACGUUGAUCAGGCGAUUAACCACUAUAUUGAGGCGGGAACCUACGGCAAGGCGGUCCGCGCCGCGAUUAACUCGCGGCAGUGGCGUAAGGCGGUGAGCAUCCUCGAAUCGCAGGACACCGCCGCGGACGGCGGCGCAGGCGACGACGAGGGAGAGGAGGCGGAGGACAAGAGGCUCGGGACGGGGUCGCUGACCGACGCGAAUACGCGCGGCUUCUACCGGGUCAUCGCGCAGCACUACGAGGAGACCCAUCAGUACGCCGAGGCCGAGAAGUUGUACGUUCGCACCGGGGCGGUGAAUGAGGCGGUGGAGAUGUACAACCGGGCGGGGAUGUCGGACCACAUGUACCGCGUCGCGCAGCGCCACCUCGGACAGCAGCAGCUUAUCGAUCUUUUUAUCGGGCAGGCGAAACAGUUGGAGGCGAAGGGCGAUUACACCGGCGCGGAGCGGGUUUAUUUGAAGGUCAACGACCCUGACCAGGCGAUCGUGAUGUAUAAGAAGCUGCGGGAUACGACGAAUAUGAUUCGCCUCGUGCAGGCUUAUCGGCCGGACUUUUUGUUCAAAACCCAUCUCUCCCUCGCCGCGCAGUUCGAGAAGGAGAGCAACCUGAAGAUGGCGGAGACGCACUACGUUGCGGGGAAGGACUGGGGGCGGGCGGUCAACAUGUACCGCGAUCGGGAUAUGUGGGAGGAUGCGGUGCGGGUGGCGAAGAUCCACGGCGGCGCGAAUGCCGCACGGCAGCUGGUGAUUCUCCGCGCCCUCGUGAUGGACGUCGACGAGGGGCUCAAACUACUGUCGAAGUUCAACCUCACCGAGGCCGGUAUCGAAGCCGCGCUGGAAACGCACAAGUUCGACCUCGCCCUCCAGUGGGCGCAGGCGGUGCAGCCGAGCAAGCUGCCCUUUGUCUACUUCAAAUACGCGAUGUACUACGAGGACCAAGGCGAUUUCCGCGUGGCCGAGGAGACCUUUAUCAAAUCCGGCAAACCCCGCGAGGCGAUUGAGAUGUACGUCCAUCAGCACGAGUUCAGCAACGCGAUGCGGGUGGCGGAGCAGUACGACCAGUCCUCCAUCCCGAGCAUCUGCGCGACGAGCGGGCGGGUGUGCUUUCAGCAGGGGAAUUAUAAAGAGGCCGAGCAGCUCUUUCUUCGCGCCAAAGCGCCGGAGACGCUGCUGAAGAUGUACAUGGACCACCGCAUGUACACGGAGGCCCAACGGAUCGCCAAGGAGCACUGCCCGGAGGCGCUGCGGGAGGUCGCGAAGCGGAUCGCCCUGCAGUCGAACGACCCGCAAAAGGCCGGCGCGGUGCUGGAGGAGAAUCGGGAGUAUCAACUCGCCAUCGACGCCUACCUCAGCGCGAAUCCGGAAACGGUGCAGGACCCGACGGUGCUCGCGAAUUUGUGGGUGCGGGCGGUGAAAGUCGCGCAGAGGCAUGCGCGAAACGCCCUCCGCGAUACCCUCCGCGUUGUGACCGAGAAACUCAAGGCGGCCAACCACUUCGUCGAGGCCGGGAAGUGUCUGGAGGACUGCGAGGACUACAAGGGCGCGAUUAAUAUGUACGUGCAGGGACAGAAGUUCGAGAUGGCCGAGGCGCUGGCGCGGCGGAUCAGCCCGGAGAUGGUGGAUUACGUCAAACGGGCGAUUGUGCAGGAUAGCAUCGACGUUGGCGGGGGCAUGCGGGAUGCCCACCUUGUCGAGGACAUCCACCCCGAGGCGGCCUUGAAGGCCUACAUCGCGAAAGGCGAUUUCACCAAUGCGAUGCGGCUUGUCAAACAGCGGAUGUCAGACCAGCUGCCCUACGUCGCCGGGCUGCAAAUGCAGCAUUUCGUGAAGCAGGGCGACGUGUUAUCCGCGCUGCAGACGGUCAACGCUUACCCGCUCGAUACCGAAGACUUCCGUUUUCACGAUUCCUGGCUGCGAUUAGCGCAGAUGAUUAUCCCGAUGCUGGAUUACCACGGGGAGAUCGUGAAGCCCCCGGAAGGGAAAAAUGCAAAGGAUACGGAGGAAGAGGGCAAUAUAAGGCUCGCCACUUUGCAUGAGCGGUUGGUGAAGGUAAAUCAGAGUAUCACGGCGUCAGGGCAGGAGGCGCAGGAGGUGGCGCGCGUGAACGCGCUCGUGCAUAUUAUUCAUAUCUACCAUGUCGCCAAGCAAAUGCGCGCAGAGAGUCAGCUGCAGGAGCUUUCGAUCAAGCUCAUGCUCGGGUUGCCGCGUUGGAUUCCGUUUAUUUCUCCCGAAAAGGCGUUUUAUGAUGCCGGGAUGGCCUGUAAGGAGGGCGGAAUGGAGGGCUUAGCAUUUCUGUACCUGAAUUACGCCCUCGAUUUCGUCGAGGCUGUGGAGGAUCAGCUCGAGGAUAGCGCCGCGAUCGCCAACGACGACUUCGCCCUCGCCGUUGACAUUCCAAAGAAAUUCCCGCUCCCAUCCACCCUUGUCGUCAGCAGCGCUGCGAUCGAAGAGGCCAAAAAUUGGGUUUUACUUGUCUCCAUCGAGGUGAAUGAUGAAAAACAGCGGCAGCGGGUUUUGCCGACGGUGCAGGACCCGCAAUCGGGCAAGAUGAUGUUCGAGGGCUCGCUCAAGUCUCCCAGCGGGAAUGUUUUCCCGGAGUGCGCAGUGAGCGGCUACCCCAUUAUUAGCGGCGGCCUCACGCGGUGUGCGGGUUGCCAGCGAGCGGCCAACCAGGCGGAUUGGAAUCGCUUCGUGAUGGUGAUGCGGCAUUGCCCGUGGUGUGGGCAUGAGGUGCGGCCCGACUUUAGGCUGUGA